UGUCAAGUUUAGUUGGUUAUAAAUCGCGAGUAAAGUAAAAAACCGACCAGUUCUUUCACUGUGGCAUUCCGUAAUGGCUGCCACCGCGUCCAGAGAAAGCGUUCGUCGCGAGGAGUCGAAAAACGGCGGCAGUCGUUCCGAAAGCGUCGUCGGCGUCGGUUUAUUUCGAGAAUAGAGCGCGUAAAAAACCGAAGGAUCUUCACAAGAUUCGUCUUCUCUUCAAGGUGUAGUUGUAAGUUUUUCUGGUGGUUUGGCGGUUACAACUGAGUUUCGCCAUCACCGUGCUUUUCGAGUGCCAUGUAACACCUGGACCUGUUGAAUGCCCCGUUACGAGGACCCCGGAGGGCGGAGCGUGGACACGUAGCGAAAAGUUGUAAGAUGCAUGACACCGGAUGAUAGGGGGCGUGUCGGCCGCGGGUGGAGCUGCUCUAAGGGCGGCGGCCGGCGUCGGCGAUGCCCCCGCGUGCUCCCGUCUCCUCGGCCACGCUCGUUGCGUGCGUUUCAGCAGGGACGAACUCGGGAGGUCGGCAUUGCAUUUAUCAGCAAGCGGGGGUCACGUGGCGGUCGUGCGAUUGCUUUUGGCGGCAGCCGCCCCCCGUGAAAUCGACAGCCCCGAUGGUGCCGGAUGUACAGCCCUUCAACGGGCCGCCGCUGAUGGUCACGAGGACGUAGUAAAGCUCUUAAUUUCACGAGGAGCUGAUGUUAAUAAACAGGAUAGUGUGCAUGGAAAUAGUGCUUUACAUGAAGCUUCAUGGAAAGGUUACAGCCGAACUGUAUCAAUUUUAGUGAAUUCCUCUUGUAAUUUAUCUCAAAUGAACGCGGGCGGAUUUACCGCGUUACAUCUUUGUUGUCAAAACGGUCAUAAUCAAUCGUGUAGAGAAUUAUUAUUGGGCGGAUGCGAUCCGGACAUUCAAAACAAUUACGGUGACACCUCUUUGCAUACGGCCGCUCGUUACGGUCACGCUGGGGUUACCCGAAUUUUAAUUUCCGCCCAGUGUCGAGUUUCCGAACAGAACAAAAACGGCGACACCGCGUUGCACAUAGCGGCGGCGAUGGGCAGACGAAAAUUAACUAGAAUUCUUUUGGAAGCCGGUUGCGAUAAAUCGGUGCGAAACAAACAACACGAAACCGCCGAAGAUAUAGCGUUAAGAAAGGAUUUACACGAAAUCGUCAACAUUUUGGAUCAACAGCAAUUAGCGUCGGAAAAGAUGAAGAAAGAUCGGAAAAAAAUCAAAAAGCGGUCCAAGAGUAAAGUUCGAUUUGAUUCGACGAAAAAAAACGAGUCGAAAGAUGACGUCGAUUUAGAAAAAUCGAAACAUUGGUCGCCGUACGGUUGUCAUUAUUACCCGGAUCCGGAAGCGUUUCCGGCGCCGCGAUUAGAUUCGCUUCCUUCGGAACCGUUAAAACGGGGGGAGCAGUAUUAUUUGGAUUUGGCGGGAAAUAUUCGGAAAGGGCCCGUGGGGGUUGGGUACACGUGUUAUUGUGCCCCGCUUUUCCGACAUUUGGAGGCGCGCAUGGAGAAGGAUAAGCGAGAGCUCCAAAAGGCACAAAUGCGUUUGGGGCAACGCGUUGCCGGAUUGGAACAAAAAAUUAGCCGGGGGAUGCAUGGAAGGAGAUCGGAAAGAAUUCACAGUAUGCGAGAGCAGCAACAAACGAGUCUUCCGCGAUCGAGAAGUCUUGAAAUGUUGGAUGGAAAUUGUAAAAUACCGUUACACACUGCAAGAAGUAUGGAUGAACUAGAAAAUCAACAACAACAACAACAACAACAAGAACCCAGGAAAACCGUAAAAGAAUUAAUCGCCCAAAUCCAAAAGAAAGAAGCAGCCUCUUCGAAAACAGCAGAAAAUUCAGAAAGUAGCGACGACGAAGAAGAUCCACCACUACAACAACACCCAACGCAACCUUCUUAUCAAUGCGGCACAUCGCUCAAUCAAUCUUCCAACCACCACCACCACCCUCAACAUCAUUCGAUUGCAACAAAUCCGCCGAGUUAUGAGAAUGUGCCCUCCAUGGACGCACCACCCCGCAGUCGUUCCGGUUUAUAUAGUCCAACAACAAUGGCAUCACUGGUCGAUUCAAAAAUGCGUUACAUCGAACCUGUGGUGCGUGUUCAAGAAUACGACGUGCGUCGUUAUAAUGAAGUUAGUGCUCGGUUUGCGAAGUUGCGCACCUUAGACAAUAACAAUACGAAAAGUAAUGCGUUGGAGGGUUCUUCGAGGCUCUUGGAUUCGAAUAAGAUGUUUGAAAGUACGACGAGAAUGUUGGAUAAUCCGCAGGAUAAUGUCGAUCGGGAUACAAAUAAUGAUUCCGGGUAUAGUACAAAAGUGUAUGGGAGCUCGAAAGGAAAUUCGCCGAGUUUAUCCGGAUUGGAUAAUGAUUGUUUAGGUGCGUCAAGUUUAGUUUAAUAUAUUUUUGUAUUACCAAGGAUGAACAAUUUUUUAUUAAGUUUACGAAUAAUUUAUUUUAUAUUUUAUAUAGGUAAUUGUUUUUUAGGUGUGUACAGGGUGGUGUUUAAAAAGAUUAUUUAAUAUAAAUUAAUCUAUUUUAAUUUACGAUUUAAGAACCACCCUGUAUGUAUUAUUUAUAUUGACAGAAGUAAUAAAAAAUUGUAUUUGCAACGGUUAAUUUUGUACACUUUAAAAAUUAGAUAAUGUGCCUUAUUAAUUAAGAUGUAAUUGUUCACGGACGUUUACUCGUUAUAUUUGUUGUUUUAGAGAGAUUAUUUUUUUAUAGAAAAUGCCUAAAAACAAAAAAAGGAAAAGUGUAUACGUACUAUUUUAUCAUUACAAAAGAGAAAUUUUUAAUAAUCGAAUCACUCCUAAUAAAAUUACACACAUCUUUAUUUAAUA